GAGCAGUGAGGGAGAUGCUACGGCGCGAGGCAGCCGCGAACACGAGUCGCCCCGGGAAACAUCCCUCGCGUUGUUGAAACGGUCUCGUCGUGGUCGCGCGUCCGCGGAUGAGCGAUUAUCGCCAAGCCUUCAGCCGCCACGCAGUGUGACUCAUCGGUCCCGUGCGCCUUCCGGGUCCACCUCUCCCUCUCCCUCUUUUCCUCUUUCUUGCCAGCUGGCGGAGGAGGAGACAGAGAAACGGAAAAAGGGGCGGCAGAAAGAAAGAAAGAGAGAGAGGGAGAGACGACAGAGAGCAAGGGAUCGGAUCCGCGCUCCGCUCAGGGCUCUCUCGUGUGCUCCGCUCCGCGAUUGAUCGAUAUUGCGGACUCGGACAAUUGGGUCGCGCGGCGGCUAAUCGCGAUCCGGGUACGCGCCGCGUACUCCCGUCUACCAGCAGGAGGAGGAGGAGGGUGACUUCUUCGCCCGCCUUCAUCCCCUCGAGAGCCGAGGGAGAGGUCCCCGCGAUUUGCUUGUAUGCCUUGGGCCACGUCCACGUAUAUGAUGAAGUUGCAGCUGCUCGUUAUCGAGACGGACUACUGCUGGAGGAAAGCGCUGCUUAGGAUGGUAUUGGACCCCAAGGCCACCAGUUUGCACAGCGAUUACGGAAGCUUCGAUCGACCGUUGGGCGCCGACGAGGACCACGAGAGGGACGUCGAGGCGGCGGUUGAUGGAAGCAGCAGCGGGAUGGCGCAGUCCAGCGACGUUUAUCAGCGGCAGCCGCUGUUGUCCGGCGUUGCCCCGUUGUCCAAGAGCAAGGACAAGUGGCCCGCGGUCUCCGGUUCGGACUAUGACGACGACGAGGACGAGAAGGAUAUCGAGAGCCUGGGCAGACAUCCCGGGAUACCGAACGGCUCCGGCAGCGGCAUCGUCAAGAUCGACAUACCGGCGCCGCUCCGCGAGGAGCCGCGUUUCCCCAAGGAGAAGUGGAAAACGUUUCUCGCGUUCCUCUUCAUGGUCGUGAACUUCAUCCUGACCACGGCGUCCCUCGCGAUGGUGCACGAGCGCGUCCCGGACAGGAACACGUACGGGCCACUUCCCGACGUGGUGCUCGACAACGUCGCCGCGCAGGACUGGGCGCUCAACGUCUCCGAGGUCCUGAUCAUGAUCAUGUCCAACUCCGCGAUGGUUUUUAUCAUUUUCCAUAAGCAUAGAUUUAUCGUAGUUAGACGAAUAUUCCUGCUGAUGGGGCUGCUCUACAUGAUGAGGAGCAUCACGAUGUACGUGACGGUCGUACCGAUCGCCAGCAAGACGUACUACUGCAGCCCGAAGGCGAACAACACCAGCCCGCUCCUCGUGACGAAGAGAGUCCUGCAGCUCAUUUCCGGCUUCGGAUUGUCCAUCAACGGCAAGCACACCUACUGCGGGGACUACAUUUACAGCGGGCACACCGUCGUGCUCGUACUCAGUUACCUGAUCAUUAAGGAGUAUUCCCCGAGGAGGUGUCAACCGAUCCACUGGCUGGCGGGUCUUACGGUGCUCGUCGGCGUGAUCAUGGUCCUGGUAGCUCACGGCCACUACACCGUGGAUGUACUUAUAGCGUAUUACGUUACCACACGGCUGUGGUACAUUUAUCACACGCUCGCCAACAACUCGCAUCUCAAGCAACAUGGACCAAACAACUUUCUGGCCCGGCUCUGGUGGUUCCCGAUUUUCAAGUAUUUCGAGAAGAACGUGGGCGGCACGGUGCCACGACAAUACGACUGGCCUCUACCCUGGCCUCGACGGUUUCUCGCCAAGCACCCUAACCGAGAUAGUUAAUACUGGUCGUGACAUCACGAUAGAGGCUGUUGCUAAAACAAAGGAUUUACUUUUGUUGUAUAUAUUAUAUACAUAUGUCUAUGCGGAUACACAUGCAAAUACCUACUGUAUACAUCUAGGCUUUGUUAAACGUGAAGGUAAGGCUUCACUAGAGCGUGGGACGUACGAGCGUUUUUUUUUCCGCCGCGAGGGCGCGUUGGCGCGCUCUCUGCCGUUCGCUUCUUUUUGUAAAUCGAGCCAGCCGGCGCCGCGAGAAGCAACGCGAACGCGGAGAAACAAUCUCGUGCCCCCUCACGUUAAAAAUCACGUUAUCGUCCAGUCGGCCCGAAUUUACUUUUCGCUUGAUUUUUAUACGAUUUAUAUACGAUGUAAGGAGUAGGAUAGAACGAACCGUCGUCGAUGGACGCAGUUCACGAUGUUGGCAACGGUGAGGGUUGGGACGGAGGAAGAAGAUCGUGCCCUCGAUCCCCGACCAUACAACCGUUUCGAAAGCGCGCGCGUUCAAAUUCACCCGCGCGAGCCCCCGUUCGUAUUUUUCCAGUAGUCCUGCACAACAAACCGAAAGUAAUAACGAUUAAUUAGUUAAGAGCGUAGAGGACGGAGCGUGCGCAGCAUGCGUUUCCAGAAGCUAGCUAGCUAGCUAGCUGGCGCUCUCGCGCGCGAGGACUAUACUAAGUACAAUAAGCAGCGUCUCGGGAUCAGCGAUCCCGAGCGAGUCGUCGUAGAGAUAGAGAUAGACACGGGGACGUGAUCGGUCCUUCCUCCAGACGAACCUCUCGGCCACGUUUUAACGUCUCGACUUCCAGUACCUAGAGUAUCGUCGUCCCCGACCUGCACUCGUGGCGCGAGUUAUUCCGGCGAGGAACGAGCUUGCGGGACGGAAAUUUUGCCAAAAAAAAAAAAA